CUGCCGUCACGGCGUGCCAGCGGUUCAAGGGUGACCUCUUGACGACGUUCAGCGAGAUCAAGUUCCAGGUGCUGGGCAGCUACCUGGGCGAUGAGGCACAGAGCAAGCGCGGCUUGCUGACGUUUGAGUACCCGUUCGAGCACGGCAUCGUGACGAAUUGGGACGGUAUGGAAAAGAUCAGGCGCCACGCGUACUACGACGAGCUCCGCAUGGCCCCGGAAAAGCAUCCAGUCCUCACCGAGGCGCCCCUGUACCCCAAGGCGAUCCGCGAGCAUGCGGCCCAGAUCAUGCUCGAGACCUUCAACGUGCCGGCGAGGUACGUGGCCAUCCAGUCUGCGUCCUCGCUGUGCGCCUCUGGCUGCACCACCGGCAUCGUCAGGGACUCCAGCGACGAAGUGUCGCACACGGUGUCCACCCACGAGGUCUACGCCUUGCCGUACGCCAUCUUGCGCCUCGACCUGGCCGAUUUCAUCGUGGAGCCUUUCGCGACGUUCGUGCAGCAUUUCAUGGUCUUCAGCAUGAGUUUCACGAUCUUCGUGGAGCAUGUCCCGAUCUUCUUGGAGCAUGUCGUGAUCGUCGGCAUGAGUUUCACGAUCUUCAUGGAGCACUUCACGAUCUUCGUGGAGCAUUUCAUGUUCGUCGGCAUGAGUUUCACGAUGUUCGUGGAGCAUGUCGCGACCUCUGGCAUGAGUUCCACGGUCUUCGAAGAGCAUUUCGCGGUCUUCAUGGAGCAUUUCACGAUCUUCGGCAUGAGUAUCAAUAUUGUUGUGGGGACCUUCGCGAUCUUUGUGGGGAACUUCGCGAUCUUCGUGGCGCAUUUCAUGAUCGUCGGCAUGACUGUCACGAUCUUUGUGGAGCACUUCACGAUCCUCGGCAUGGAUUUUGCGAUUUUUGUGGGGCAUUUCCCGAUAUUCGGCAUGUGUUUCACGAUGUUUCUGGAGCUUUUCACGAUCAUCGGAGAGCAUUUCGAGAUUUUCAGCUUAGGUUCCACGAACUUCGUCGUGCAUGCCGAUGGCAGGUAUGACGAGCAGCACGACAACCACGACGCCCACGACAAUCACGACGACCACGACCACGACGCCCUAGACUCCCACGACCACGACGUCGGACAUGUCGACCAGGACCUCCGCGACGGCGUCCACGACGACCAGGACGACGAGGUACCUGACGAGCUGGUCUACGACGGCGUUCUCCACCUCGGACACGCGGCGCAGGACCACGGGGAUUCGCAGAACCGCGGCGACGGGGACCGGCAGCAGCAGGACCUCCAGCCGCGCGACGACGUGGCCGUCCAGGAAUGGGGCCAGCACCGCGGCAAGGACCCAGAGGAGGACCAGCAUAAGGAGCACCAGGACCAGAUCUUGGUGGAGCUUCCAGACCGCAAGCCCUUCAGUGUGGAUAUCGAGGCUGAUGACACGACCGACUCCCUCAUGGGCAUGAUCCAGGAAGAAGAGGGCGCCCCCCCAGACCAGCAACGUUUGAUCUACGGCGGACGGCAGAUGGAGGUGGAACGCACGCUCUCGCAGUACAACGUCGGCAACGAGGCGACUGUGCACCGGCUGCUCAGGACUCAUGCAGGACGCCGCACGUCUUCAGCUUCAACAUCCUACCGCCCGCCCCCGGGCCUCGCCCAGACAGCCGAUGCCACCGCAGCGGCGCAGCCGCCCCCCCCGAACGGGCGCGUCGAGCAGCUGGUGGCGGAGGGAUGGACAGAGUGGUCACGGGAAGCCGCCCUCGCGAACAUCGAGUUCAUUAAUGCUCUGGUGAGGACACGUGCUGAAGGAUCGGACAGGGCACUGCGCCUCCCUGCAGGAGAUAAGGUUGUCGAGCCAUGGCCCGACCUCCGGUCAUAUCUCGAAGCUGUCGGCUACGAUUUCUCGGCAUCUUCGCCGUGCUGGUGGCGCCUCGGAAUGGAACCCAAGGCUGGAGCAUGCCCCGCUGUGGAGGACAUCGAGGGGCGUUUCGAAAUUGGGCCAGCCCGGGAACUGAUGGAGGAGAUGGCGAAGGGUAAGGGGAGGGCGUUGGCGGCGUGGACCGCUCUCGGAGCGGGCGGCAUUGUGAUGUGGGCACCGCGGGAGUCAGAACAUCUUCGCCGCCUCCUGAGUGGCAUCGAGCACGCCGCCCUGCAGGGCAUGGACAUCGAGUUCUUGAUGCUGUGCGAACGGGGGCCUCUAUCUGAUUUUGGAGAGGCCUGCGUGCUCGAGGACCUCUGGCGCCGCGCCUUUCUGAGUGGCAAAAAGUCGCAUCUCGUCGCAGCAGCGGUCCAUCUGCAAGAGCCAGCGCUCAUUACAACCACCGUGCACAACUCGGCGGCCACGGUCAACAAGGGCUUCUCGGCCUCGUAUCUCACCAGGGCCGGAGGUGGGGUCCCCGCGCGACUGGCCUCGUGGCGUCCAGCACUCUACUCCGAGGACUCGUCCCACGUGAUCUGGGUGGACGUGGAGACGCAAUCAGGACUGCAGGCGCGACGUGCUCUCGCCCUGAUGGUGUCGCAGCGCGGCGUCAGAUGGGAGGGGCCCUUCCGCAGCCUCGGCUCUGUGCUGGACGGCCGCCGCCUCCUCCUCGAAGUGUGCGCCGCUCGGGAUGCAUUUUCGGACCUGGGCGUGCGCUGCCUCAUCCGCCAGCUUCGCAACGACGCGCUCCUGUCAACCGCGCUGGUUGGCAACCAGGCGUUCCUGGCAAAUACGGGGGCGCGCGUUUUGGAGCACACCUCUCCGCAAAUUCUGGUCAACCUCCAGGGCUUGUGCGACGACGUCCCGUGGGUCUCCCCGACCCUCGCGAUCCUGUGGAGCGGGCGCGCUACCGCGCUGGCAUCGGGGCAGCUACGACUGACGGGCCCCGUGGGCGCUCGCCCGCUCGAGUUGCUCGCGCAGGUGAUGGGCGCUGCUGGCCAGAAGAUGGGCUUCGCAUGGCCCCGGCACGCGCUGCCAGGCAAGCUCCCCCCCAACUCCUGGCCAUGCCAGCUCUCUGCAUCAGCGGGGCCGACUGGCACCGUCAACUUCCGCCUUGGGAACACCUCGGAGGUCGAGCGACUCCAGGAAGCCGAGCAGGGGGACAUCGUCGAGGUCAACGGGGCGCGGGCGCCGAUCCGGUUCCUCAGCUCCGACCUG